UAUCUUGGAGAGUCGAUAGAUUUCCCCAUUGGAUUACCGGCUUUGGUUUGGUGCAUACUGCUUCAGUCUUGCCAAAUUAUCUAUCAUGGCACUUUGCAAAUUGACACAAUGCUGUUGCGGUUGCUCACUCCAAACCGGAACCAAAGUGAUUGGCGUUUGGUUUUUGCUAGGUGCAACUGGAAGACUUGUUCAGGCUUUUAGUCAGAUGCUCGCCAGUUUCGACCGAGAAGAUGGAGACAGCAUGCUUCUCGAUUCCAUUAGCUGGAUGAUCGGAUCGGUUGCUGCAAUCGCAGCCACCGUUUCUGUACUAGUUGCCGCCUGGAAUAAUCGCCAUCCGGUGCUUAUUGUACCCUGGCUCGUAUUAAAAUCUGUAUCUUUGACUGUAGGUAUUGCAUUUGUGUCCUACAAGGGUGUUAGCUUUACAAGAGCUAAUGGCAGUUCCAGUGGUAUUUGUUACUUUGCUGUUGCCCUUGUUGCAACAGCUAUUGUUUCCUAUUCCUGGUUGGUUAUCUACAGUUAUUACCAUGAACUGGUGGCGACUGGGAAGAAGUUAGCAAAAUGCGACGAAGAAAAGGCGAUGAAAUUUGGUGCAUGUUAACUUGCGCAAAUAGACUGCAGCCUGUACUUGUUAAAAAUUAAAAAUGGGUUAACAUACAUUGUGUAAGAUUGCUUAAUGAACCACCUUAUUUAAGAAAUAAUGGUUUUCAGUAGUUUGUUUCAGAGUCCGAUGUUACAAUGCAGGGUUUUGUUUGUCUAGUGGAAUGAUUUUCGGUUGUCCUUGAUUGCUUGUAUCAGCCACUUUUGAUGACAAUAGAUGUUACCAAUUUUUGGAUAAUA